AUGGCACCAUCACCAAUGUACAGAACACCAAAGUCAACAACACCCCUUCCCACACGCUAUAAGCGUAAAACGGCUUGUCGAAAGGCCACCACUACGAAGGAUAUAACAUCAACGGACAUAACGGAGGCUACCAACCAUCUUCAACUCGAACACUCGGUCUCGGCCAUUGCUGCUCAAUCUCUACAGGGUCGAUUUGCUCUUACUUUUGGGAAACUUCUAGUAGAGCAUAAGAGCACAACCACCUCCCAGAACAUAAGCGCGCAAAAGCUUUACCGCGCUGCUAUGCACAAAUCUUGCUUCUUCUUUAUUGCUUUCGCAUUAUGUGUAUCACCUCGAGCUUGUCGUCGUACAAAGAAACUCCAACUCCUAAUCGAUACUCACAAACCGACCAAAUUCAUUCUUAACGAAACGACGAUAGAGACUUUUCAAAACUGGGCCAGAGAAGGAAAUUACGAUCAAUCCGAUUUAUUCGUACAUUUCAUCACAACAUUGAUACCAGCAAGACAUAAUUGUUACAAGGGGCCUGAGUACGAACCCGACAGCGACUAA